AUGCCUGCAGACUGGCACGCUCAGUCAGUCUGCAUGUUUUUCCACGAUUAUGUGAUCAAACCAAGCGACGAUAAAGUUUGCUUUGGCUUCCUUCAUGGUCUGCCCGACCUACUGAGCAAAGAACAUGGCACUUCUGCCUUUGAAGAAGCUGUUUCAGCAGUUGCACUGAUAAGUUUUGCUCAUCGGUCGAGCUUGGAAUAUCUAGUACCGCAGGCGAGACAGCGCUAUGGCAGAGCGCUGUCACUGAUUGCCGAGGCUCUGCGUAAGCAGGAGAACCUUAAGGAGGACCCCGUUCUUGCAACAAUUCUCUGCCUGGGAUAUUAUGAGUUAGUCAGCGGAGAAAAGCUUGCAUCCCCCUGCGCAUUAUGGUCCUCCCACGUUGAUGUGUUGGAAAGUCUUCUGCGCAUGCGACGUCCCGAGCAAGUCGAAUCCUCUAGCUCCACGUAUUUAUCGUUCAACGCGCAUAAUACUUUGACAAUAAGGAAUCUUACGCGGAAGAUACGACCAAGCAAGGAAGCCGAGUUCAUGGGAAGAGACCCUCGUCGAGAUCCUUAUUCAAGGCAAUUCGGGGGCCUCGCCUGCGAAACGUGUCACUUGCUCGCCGAUGCGGACGACUUGCUGCGGCAAGCUGCACUUGAUUAUGUGCAAGUGACUGCGUUGCAUAAAAUCAUCAAUGCUAUUUUCAUACUCGAUAUGAAAUUGACGACGUGGAGCGGACAAGCCUCGGGAUAUUACUUGUUCGCGAAGAUGGAAGCUCCAUGUUCUGCGCCUCCCAAAACUGCCUUUGACUUGCAGGCACCACCCUCAAUUCAUCUCUACACCAGUCCCACCAUGGCGGCCAUGUGGAACCAAUACCGCUGCAUGCGCAUUCUUUUGCUAGAAUGUCUUCAAAAGUGUUCUUCGCGGCAAAGAGAGUAUACUGCCUGGGAGCCAGCUCCACUCGAGAUCGACAACCCUUGCGCCGUGGAUCAAAUCUCCCAAGGAAUUGAAGACCUAAUCGAUGAUAUCUGUGCUAGUGUCUCUUAUCUUCUCGGCGAGGUUGAUCAGGAAGGCAAUUUGCGGCAACCUCAACAAAAGAAGGCCAUCGGAGGCUUUCUACUCCUCUGGCCUCUACGCUUAAUCGUAUGUAAGGGCCUUGGUACCCUCUUACAGAGAAAUUGGAUGAUGAAACGGUUGGGCUAUAUUCGGAACGUGCUUGGAAUUUACGAAGCGACAAGCCUGUCAUAG